AUAAGCGUAACAGCUGGAAAGUGGUUGUGCACGCAAAUGCAAUCACUGCGUGUGUAUGUUGUUUGUGUCCUCCGUCCGGCAGUGGAGUGAAGUGAAAGAACUUUUGGGUGCAUUUCGCGCUGGCCAGAUUGCUACAACAGUGCCCGUUUUGUAAAGAGACAGUUGCAACACGGUACAAUGGUUGCACGCAGACGACGGCAGCCGCAGCUUCGACGGAACGUGCUAGCGUGGUGAGAAACAGCGUUGUCAACCCGGUACACGGGGCGCAGAAAAGGGUCACCGAUUGUGUCGUCAGCAGCAGCAGCAGCAGCUCAGCAGAGGAAUCUCCAAAACACACACGGCAAGGCACGCGAUGGCCGAUGCGGACUGGAAGCAGCGGGUCGGCAUCGACAUCGAUUUCAGCACGGAUGAGGAUGAGGACAGUGAUAGUGCGGAAACGGUCUGCAGCAAUACGGAAGGUGGCGCCACACAACCGUUCCGAGCCGCGGAGGAAUUUACCGAUUCUACCGAGUCGCAGGACCUGGAGGAAGCGCUGCACGCCGCGUCCAUCGACGAGGUGCUGAACCAGUGGGCCGAUCAGUAUGGAAGUACACCCCCACGGACACGCAUAAAGAACAAAAACCGUAGCAGCAAGCAAAGGAUGGAAGGUACGGUGAAAAUGCGAACCGGCGGCCGGCUGGCCAGACCGCGCACCGAUCGACGCAACACGGUCGACUGUGCGCUGCUGAACCAGAUGAUCAUGGAACCGGCCAACAGCGAGGAGAAGGUGCGCAGCGACAAACGCUCCACGCAGCUGCUGCGCGAAUCCGAACGUGACAUAAAGAUGGCGGCCGCCGUAACGGUAGUGCCGGCGGCGAUGCGUUCCUCCGCCAACUAUGGUUCGCAGCUGCCAGGUACGGCGGCCGCCGCAGUACCGGUGCUGGAAGAGCGUGCCGAAAGUUUGCCCCUCACGCUACCGGGCAGUCUGGCCGGUAGGGUGGGGGUAGGGAAUGGGGCCGGCUCACCCGUGCCCGCCGCCACGCUGAUCGAAUCGUGCAAUCGGUUCAUGAGCGUUACAUCGCGCCCGGUCGGCUGUCGCAUUUCCGCCCCGCCCGUAGCGUACCGCGAUACCUUCUUCACCAGUCAGAUGGGUGUGCUGGAGGGUCCGGGAACGCGGCCCGGCACGGACAGUGUGAUACCGCAGAACAGAAUCAACUUCCAUGCCACCUUUUCCGAUCUGAUUAAGUUGGGCAGUGCGGAUAGGGAGCGGGCGGCCCGGGCGGCUGUACUGUCCAACGAGGAGCGACUGUGGCAGACGCACGUGAACGAUCUGCUGUGGCUCGAGCUGCAGGCAUGGCACGCGGACCGUUCGAUCGAGCAGCAGGAUCGUUUGCUGUGCCAGGCGCGGCAAGAGAUUGGCGAUCUGCUGGAUGAAAUCAUGGCCUACCGAUUUCAGCGGAAGCCGUGUGCGGGUGUGCGGCGGACGGCCAGUGAAAUCAGCUCGACGUCCACCACCGCCGACAGUGGGUUCGAGACGGCCACCACGAACGGGAGCGGUGCGCCCGGUGGCAAUCGUUUCUGUUUCGGCUGUCUCUCGAUGUACUGCAAGGACUGUCUGGAGGUGCAGACGGCUGCGAUGAAGCAGGUGGAGGAGCUGCUGCUGCGUCUCGAAUCGAAGGAGUGCCUGUUUCCGUCGACCCGUGCGAUGGGCAGUGCGUUCCCCGUGUACCAAAGCGAAGCGUUCGUGAACCGCGUAAAGGCGAUGUGCUUGUGGUACAACAUGACCCGCCAGCACCGUAUGACGCUGCUGAUACUGGGCAAACUGUUGGCCCAGCUGCAGGGCCCUUCCAAGAAGGAAUCGUCCAUCCAGUGGCCUAUUGUGGAGCAGCAUGGGGAGGGUUCCUCCUCGUCGUCGUCGGUGCAGGACGAAAGUGGCAGCAGUGCGGACAGUGGGGCCGCGUACAGCAGCAACGGUGGUACGUCGGGUUCCGGUACGGUGAGCAGUUGCUCGAAACGGGUCCAGUUCGCGGACAGUGGCUCGUGCGCCGGCGAUGGCAGCACGUCCGAGAGCGUGAACAGCGAUGAGACGGAUUUUUCCGGCCUGUCCCGGCAGCGGUCGUUCCCGGGUGACACCGAGUACGGGCGGUACAUGAACAAUCUAAACUUUUACAACGAACACACGCUCACGGAACUAUCGGCACAGUCGGCGUCCGGCAUGGGAAACGCCUUAUAUCGAAAGUACAUCGAAAACGUCCUCAAGACUCGCGGCCUGGGUAAAUCGCUCACGUUCCUGCACCGGCUGCAUAAUGUCGUGCUGCGCAAGGCGCAACUCACGCUGGAAAAGCCGGGCCGCCAGCAGGAAGAGGAGGUGCUGUUCGACGACGAGGACAUCCCGUGCAUCGAGCCUCCGCUCGAGCGCGAGCAAGAGGUGGAGCUACGGCGGCACGGUGCCUGGAGCGAGGAAGCGAAACAGCUGAACCUUCCGUCGUACGUGUCCGCCUUUCUGUUCCUGUCCCUGAUCCCGCUCGAGGUGAUACACGAGUUUCUGAAGAUGCGGCUCGAAACGCGCCCCAAGCAGCCGAACCCGCUCAGCCUCGAGCAGCACAUCAAGGAGCUGAAGGAGGGCCUAACGCUGGCGAUGAUCCACCGCGAGCGGUUCCAGAAGCACAUCAACACGGUGCUCUCGGACCGGGAGCAGGAGCUCGAAAAGUAUAUGCACCAGAUGGAGCUGUUCGACGAGACGGUGCGGAACAUUUUCGAGCUUUACCUCGAGCUGUGCGACCAGUGGAUACUGGACACCGUUCCCGAGGGCCACCAGAAGGCGGUGCUGGACGAGGAGUGGCGGUUCACGAAGCUGAUCAGUCCGAUGAUACCGCGGCAGCAUGGGCCGGCGGCCAAGCGGUUCUGUAGCAUCGUCGAGCGGGUGCUCGAGCGCACCGGGAGCGAGAUGAUGCGGCAGCUGAAGGAGCUGAUGGAGAAAAGCUUGCAGAUCGACACGACGGCCGACAAGAAGUGGCAGUUCUUUGCGCUGUGCCGAGAAACGCAGCGCAUGUUUACAUCGUCGCGGGAGAAAGCGCUCAAAACGAUCGCGUUCGCAAAGACGCUGUUCCGCGAUCUGGAGCAUGCGGACUUUCAUCGGGAUCAUUGCGAGGAGGAUGCCGAGGGCGAACAGCUGUACGGUGAGGAUGAUCUCGAGCUGGGCGACGUGGUGCUGAGAAGCGGUAGCAUGCGGCGCCGGUUUUCAGCGGCCAACAAUGGUAGUGCCAAUGGUGGUGGUGGUGGUGGUGGUGGUAGUAGCUGCAGUCCCGUCUGCUCGGAAGUCGUCGAAAGUCUGCAGAUGUUAAAGCGAAACGCACUGCUGCUGCGGCACAAGCUGGCGGCGGUGAUCGAAGAGCUGCAGCUGCUGUGCUCCGACGAUACGCUGGAGGAGUUCGACGAGCCGGAUCGGAUCGGUGCGUUGACGCGGGUUCGCGAGAUCCUGCACCAGGGCUACAAGUUUGGGUUCGAGUAUCACAAGGAUGUGGCCCGGCUGUACGAGACGAAGCUGAACAACUGCCGGGACGGAGAGUCCGAGCUGAUGCUGGCCAAAGCGAUCAUACAGUUCGCGAAGCUGUGGAUGAACUUCGUGAUGGAACGGUGCGAGCGGGGCCGUGGUUUGCGGCCCCGUUGGGCCAACCAGGGCCUGGAGUUUCUGAUUGCGGCCUGCGAUCCGCUCUGCACGAGCCAUCUCACCGAUGCGGAGUUUGAGGAUCUGAAGCUCAAGAUGGACGCGUGCAUAUCGCACGUGAUUGGCAACAUUCGCGAACCGGAACGCAUCCGCAAGUCGCCACGGUCCCGCAAAUCGUCACCUUCGCCGUCGGCGGCAGCGGGAACGGCAACCGUCGCCGUAACGACGGGCCGCGCCUCGAUUCCGAUGAUCAGCCUGCCGGGCAAGAGCUUCCAGAAUCAGCUCAGCCUGCGGGAGGAUGGUGUGAUGUUGCGGGCGUCCAGCCCGAUCGACGCGGCCGACAUGUUUCGCAAGCAAACGUCGUGCGAUGGGGGGGUCAGUGAGGUGCGGCUGCGCGUUCCCUCCACGCCCGGUGCAGCGACGAUGCUGGGCAGUGCCGAGACGUGUGUGCAUGGAAUACGGCCGCUGAAGCAGCUACGCAUCCGGGACGCGGUCAACAAGCUGGACUGUGUGCUGGACGAGUGGUUGCGGGAGCGGAAUCUGAUCGGCAACGUGAAGGAAAUCAGCUACUACAGCCGUUCGCUGAAUCGGGCCCGAAGCGUCAACUUUAGCUGGCACCGGGGCAUCAAGAUUGGGCAGGGACGGUUCGGCAAGGUGUACACGGCGGUCAACAACUCGACCGGCGAGCUGAUGGCGAUGAAGGAGAUCGCCAUCCAGCCGGGCGAAACGGCCGCCAUACGGAAGGUGGCGGAGGAGUUGAAAAUUUUCGAAGGCAUCAGCCACCAGCAUCUGGUGAAGUAUUACGGGGUGGAAGUGCAUCGGGAGGAAUUGAUCAUUUUCAUGGAGCUGUGUCCGGAGGGUACGCUGGAGAGUUUGGUGGAGCUGAACGGGGGUUUACCGGAGGCGCAAACCCGCCGCUACACCCAUCAGCUGCUGUCGGCCGUCGCGGAACUGCACCGGAACGGGGUGGUGCACCGGGACAUUAAGACGGCCAACAUCUUUCUCCACAAGGACGGGAACUAUCUGAAGCUGGGCGAUUUCGGAUCGGCCGUUAAGAUUCAGGCACACACGACGAUGGCCGGCGAGCUGAAGGGUUACGUUGGAACGCAGGCGUACAUGGCACCGGAAGUGUUCACCCGUAACAACACGGAAGGGCAUGGACGGGCAGCAGACAUCUGGUCCAUCGGUUGCGUGGUCGUGGAAAUGUCAUCCGGUCGGCGACCGUGGCAUCAGUUUGAUUCCAACUUUCAGAUCAUGUUCAAGGUGGGCAUGGGCGAAUCGCCCGACAUUCCGGACAACCUUUCCGAGGAGGGGAAGGACUUCGUCGGCAACUGCUUGCAGCACGAUCCGAAGGACCGGCAAAAGGCGGACGAGCUGCUGCAGCACAUAUUUUGCAAGUUUACCUGCUACGAUUCGGAGGCGAUCGACAAGAAGCUGCGUGGGACAUUCCGGCGUAAUUUAAAGCCCAGCACUUCGUAGACCAAUUCCUUCCCCUACACACGCCACACAACUACUACCAUACUGCGAGGUGAUCGCACGUGUCUUUUUGUCUACCUGCGACGAAUAUUCCGUCACAAAGUAUAUGCAGAACUUAUUUAAAGAACAAACAAAAAAAGGGCAGACGUGUAGUGUAGAGCAAUGAUUUACGGCCAGUGCUUAAUGUUUGUACGUGUGUCUCUAGUGUAUUUAUACGAUUUGGAUUGUAUUUUACGACGGUCGGUUUGAUUUUAAUUUAACAAGACUUCCACCCCACGAACACUGCGCACGGCGGCGUCAAUAGGAUUUAGGUUUGUUUUUUUUUUACACACGAACACCGGAUUGACUGUACCACCGGACCUCUUACCUGUUUCGUGGCGCAACUUGCAAACAGUUGUAAAACGAUGACCAACGGACGAUCAAACACUAGUAGCUGUUAAUAUGUGAACGGGUAUUUAAUGUACGACCACUGCGACCACAGUGUCGGCUUUCCGGAAGCCACCCUGGAAAUACACUUAACGAUACUGUGUACAGAAA